AUGUAUGCAGCUGAGAAAUCUGGUAACGACUCAAUGUACCCAAAGGAUCUGAAGCAUCGCGCUGAUAUCAACCGCUGGUUGUUAUGGGAAGCGUCUUCCUGGUUCCCUACCACCUACGUCUAUCUCGUCGAGAACGUGGUGAAGCCUCUCAUGAAAGGUCAACCAGACCAGAAAGUCAUUGACGCAGAAGCGGACAAGUUCCAUCGAAGUGCUGGUAUCCUCGAAGCUCGUCUCAGCAAGAGCAAGUGGAUUGCGGGCGACCAUGUAACCAUUGCGGAUAUUGCCCUAGCCGCGCCCAUGCAAACGUACAAGGACAUGAAGCUUCCGCUCGAAAAUUAUCCGAACCUGAGACGAUGGAUGAGCGAGGGCGUUGAGCAGCUCGACAGCUGGAAGGGCACGGCGGCUGCUGUUGAGAAGGCCCUGUUCCCCGAUCGUGUACGUGCUUCAAACUCCGUUCGAACUGUCGUCAACUACACGAAGGCGGUUGAUCGACUCACCGAAAUCUACUUCUACGAGAGCGACAAAGCUAAGGACGUACAUGAACCAGGCGACGCGCCAGUAGAGAUCUCCGUCUCUAAUGGCUGGCCAAUGGCGAAGGGCUUCUCGCUCGACAAGAAUGGCUUUUCCGUGCACGAUUUUCGUUCAAAGCAUGAAGUUUGGGACGAUGAUGCGGCAGUGAAAUCACAAUUUUACCCCGAGGUUGUUGAUUUUCUGAAGAAAACUACAGGCGCAAAGCGCGUUCUCGUAUUCGACCACACUAUUCGCAGCGAAAGGAAUUCUCAGAAGAAACUUACAGAUGAGAAGAAUACUUCACAGCGCACACCAGUCAUGCUUGUGCACUGCGACUACACUGCUGAAUCCGGACCUGUGCGCGUCACUCAGCUCUUGGGAGAAGAAGCAGGAAACCUGCUCUCCCGCCGCUUCGCCUUCCUCAACGUCUGGAAGCCGCUCAAUAUCGUCGAGGAACGCCCACUCGCCAUGUGCGACGUGAAGUCCUGUGCGGACAAGGACUUCUUCAAGCUCUUUCUGCGUUAUCGUGACCGUGUAGGGGAGAACUAUGUUAUGAGCCACAACCCUGAGCAUAAGUGGUGGUACUUCCCCAUGAUGACGCCACAGCAGGCUAUUCUGCUCAAGACUUAUGAUAGCGCGACAGAUGGGACAGCUAGGUUUGUAGGGCAUACAGCUUUUGAGGACCCUACUAGCAAGCCUGAUGCCCCCAUGAGGGAAAGUAUAGAGAUCCGCACCAUUUGUUUCUUCUAA